ACCUUCUAGCUCACAAUGCGUUUCCUUAUCGCUCUCUGCCUGGUUGGCGCCGCAUGCGCUCAAUACAACUAUGGACAAGGACUUGACACUGGCUCUGCUAGCGACAACUCUCCCAUCAUUGACUACGCUGGAAACAACUACAAUGGUGAAGAGAGCAGACCCGGAUCAUCCUAUGCCCCAUCCGUUGGAGUCAACAAAGAAUUCUACACCUACGAGGCUGAUGAAAAUGAUUUCUACGAUCCAGCUGCCAGCGAGAGGGUUGCCAACAGCGUAAACAAGGGUCUGCGCGUUGUCUUCAUCAAGGGACCCGAGAACCGUGGCUUGGAGAACGCUGCUCUGGCUCUGGCCAAGCAGGCUGCUGAUCAGAAAACCGCCAUCUAUGUCCUGAACAAGCAGGCCGAUAUCGGAGAUCUGGCCAACAAACUGAACGCCAUCCGCAGCAACACCAACAACAAGCCCGAAGUGCACUUCGUCAAGUACCGCACUCCCGAGGAUGCUGCCAAUGCCCAGCGUGCCAUCCAAUCCCAGUACGAUUCUCUGGGCGGAUCCAGCCAGAACUUCCAUGGAGGAGUUGCCCCAGCCAUCAACUUUGCUUCCCGCUCUCCUGUCUCCACCGGAAGUGGCCACUAUGGGUCUGCAAGCUCUCCCAGUUCCUCCUAUUUGCCAGCCAACAUUCUGCGCCGUCUGCGUGUUCGUUAAAAAUAUUUUGAUGUUGUUUCUUGCUGAUUUUGCCAAUGUCGCUGGACCGAUUAUUGUUAUUUUCUGCAUUUUAUUCGAGCACACAAUAAAAUCGAUAAACUGAAGUAAACCCAAAA